ACACACACACACACACACACUUUAAAAGAGUUUCAUGAAAGCAGCCUCACCUAUAAUCUAAACCAAGUUUUUAAAUGUAUUAAAUAAAUAAUUUUUUAAAGACAAAAGCUUCCAUAAGUCUAUAAUAUCCAGUAGAGGGCAGUAUAAUCAACACAAGUUCUCUUACAGAUGCUCUCAAUGACCCCAUGCAGUGGACCUGUGCCAGUCCAUGGCAAGUUCCUUGGCACUGUAAGCAGUCUAGUGUGAGAUGUGUUGCACAUGGCAUGACUCCUUCAAGUCUUCCUGGAAUCCUGGACAUCUGCUGUGAGUGAGAAUUAAUCCACCUCAAGCUUUAGAUUAAGAUCCAUAUAAAGAAGAAAAGGAGCAUUUGUGGGUUUUGGCUGAGGAACCUCAGGAAGCCUGGCGCUCAUGCCGAGCAUGUGUGCUGAAAAAGCAAAAACUCCCAUCAUUGUGUUUUGUGAACUCAGAGACCAUCCCAGUGGGGGCUGAAGAAGCUCAGAGCUUCUGCUCCUCGACGUCAGAUGGCUUCAGUCACCACACGUCCUGUUAAGUACUGUCAAGCGGUGUGUUGUUUGCAAAGGCUGCUCAGAAUUCUGCUCACUGCCAGGCUCAGCUGCACCAAAGUGCUGGAAUCCUGACUGAAGUAUCAAGACUUUCCCUAAGAAUCCUAUUCCACAUCAGUGCCAUGCGUGCGCGCUGCAGUCACAUGGUUUUUGCUGCCAUCUUGUGGACGAUGCCGUGCACUACAGCGGCUGUGGUUGUGACCAACACCACAGAGCCCUUUCCCAUCACUGUGCCUGAGUUUGGGAUUGAACUAAACUGGAGGAACAGCAGCGAUGCGCCUCACAGCCGGAGAAAGCGCUAUAUUUCCUCCAGGGAUAUGAUGGCUUUAUUGGAACACCAUAACCUUGUGCGCUCUCAGGUCUACCCACCUGCUGCGAACAUGGAGUACAUGGUGUGGAACGAGAAGCUUGCGAGAUCAGCUGAAUCUUGGGCAUCACAGUGUAUAUGGGAUCACGGCCCAUCCCAUGUCAUGAGGUACAUGGGCCAGAACCUGUCCAUCACCACGGGAAGGUAUAGAUCGGUCCUUGAGCUGGUGAAAUCAUGGCACGAUGAGAAGUAUUCCUUCUCCUACCCCAACAGAUGUACCGGCUCUGUCUGCACUCACUACACACAGAUGGUGUGGGCCAGCACCAAUAAGAUUGGGUGUGCCAUCAACAGGUGUUCAAACAUGUACGUGUUUGGUGCUACAUGGAAACAGGCCACUUUACUGGUCUGCAACUACUCUAUCAAAGGUAACUGGGUAGGAGAAGCUCCAUACAAGACAGGAAAGCCGUGCUCGGCUUGUCCUUCUAUUUACGGAGGAUCCUGUAACAAGAAUCAGUGUGUUACAUCAAGACCCAGAAAAAAGCUUGAACGCUUUUAGUCACGCUGAUGGAAACGAAUGAAUUGUGACUGACACAAGAACUUUUUGUGGAAGCACAUUUUUGUGUUGCACCACUAUUGAUUGCUUUUGUAAAAUAUUGCAUUAUUUCACAUUUUAUACAGCAGUCGAACUAACACCUAACCAUUGUCGUAGUCGUCCCAAGAGUCAGUCCUGUGACUGCUGUGUUGUUGUCUCUUGUCCUGUCCCUGGACUGUUUGCACUGUUUUUUUAUGUUUGCAUUACUGUAAGAGUGGCAUUGCCGUUAGGUUCGUGUUGAGAGUUAAGCACUUUUAUGGUUUGUGUACACCCAAUAAAUUUUGAAGGAGUUCACCA